AUGUCAACAAUCAAUUAUCCAACCAAUUACACACUAGAUGGUCAAUCGAUCAAUCACGCUUCAAUCCAUCCAUCAUCAUCGCUAACAUCACCACCAGGAACAACAAUAUCUAAUCACAAUCAAUCACCCGUCAAUCUUCAAUCAAUCAAUUCAUUGAAUAAUAAUAAUUUAUCAAAUAUUCCACCGUCUCCGAUUUCAUUAGCCUCAUCUUCGUCUUUAUCAUCGGCUUCUUUAUCAGAAAAAUAUGAAAAUUCAAGAUCUGGUACUAAUAGACGUAGAAGACGUCCUAGAUCUGUUAACCCAUUAAAUGAUGAUUCUAAUAAUUUCACUUCAUUAUCGCACGCAGAAUUUAGACGUCAAAUACAUAUACAAUCUGAACAAAAAAGGCGUGCUGAAAUCAAAGAUGGAUUCGAUGAACUUCGUAAACAACUUCCAAUCACCUACGCCAAUCGUAAAAUGAGUAAAGCUUUACUGUUACAAAAAGCUGUUGCACAUAUGAAGAAUAUGCAAAGAAAAGAAAAUUUUUUGUUGGAUGAAAUUAAUCGUUUAAGUCAAAGAUGUAUUUAUAUGAACGCUGAAUUGGAAAAUGAAAAAAGCUCGAGAGAUGACAAUGACGAGGAAGGAGAAGGAGAGAAGGGUUGUGAUUAUGAGUCAAUCGGAAGGAUAGAGGAUAAGAAGGGAAUGAUGCGUGGACAAUUAGUAAAGUCGUGA